AUGGUGAUAUGGAAGGGCAAUGUAAAAAAUAAAAUAUUGUUUUUAAUUUUUGUAGCUUAUUUUUUUGUUUUUGUUAAGAUAAGCAAUGGUCAGUUGAUUAAAUUGGAUGGUCAGAAAAUUAACACGAAUUAUAUUCUAUAUGUUUUAAAAGGUUUAUUUAUAUUUGGAGAGAAUGAAAGUCCUUAUGUUUUAUUAGGAAAAAAGAAGGAUAUGGAUUUUAAGGCAGCUCAUGCGAUUUUUGAAAAUGUAGGUAUAAGUACCACUGAUAAUAAGAACACUAAAUAUUUUUCUUUUGAAAUGGGUGAUACUACAAGUGAUGAUAAUAAUAAUCAUGAGAAUAAUAUAAAUGAAAAUAAUAAAAAGAAUAGCAACGAUGACAAUAAUAAUAAUAAUAAUAAAAAUGAUGACAAUAAUAAUAAUAAUAAUAAUAACAAUGAUGACAAUAAUAAUAAUAAUAGCAACGAUGACAAUAAUAAUAAUAAUAAAAAGAAUAGCAACGAUGACAAUAAUAAUAAUAAUAAUAAUAAUAAUAACAAUGAUGACAAUAAUAAUAAUAAUAACAAUGAUGACAAUAAUAAUAAUAAUAGUUAUGAUAAUAAUACGAAAGAACUACAAAAGAGUUACAACAAUCAUAGUAAUAACACAAAUAGCCCAAGUGAUAAACAAAACGAUGACGAUGAAAAUAAAGAUAAAUUCAAAAUAAAUUUAUAUAAAGAUAAUCCAUAUCUACGUAAAAAAAAAGAAUAUAGAUACUCAGAAGAUGUUGAUUCUUUUGUUACCCCAGAAUUAUUUUUAGAAUUAAUAAUAAUGAAAGAAAAAGAUUUUAAUAAACAUUAUUUGCCAAAAGAUCAUGAUAUAUGUUGUUAUAUGCAAGAAGAAGGAAUAGACGGAUAUGAAAAAUAUACGUGCCCUGGAAAAGGAUACUUAAAAAGAUAUAUAGAUGAGGAUAGUAUAUAUUCAUUGAAAUUACCUGUUUAUUUUAUAAAUGAUAGAAUAAAAGAUGAUAAUGAUAGUAAUAGUAAUAGUAGUAGUGGUAGUAAUUAUUAUAAUAAUGUUUAUAAUUUCAAUAGUGGGAAUGAAAUAAAUCAUGAAAAUUUAUUAAAUCAUUUGAAAAAUAAAUUUGUUUAUAAUAUUAAAGAUACAGAUGUGUAUGCUUUAUUUUUAUCAAACUGUAUGGAUAGUAAAAAAUAUGAACUACAUUUACAUGGAAAUAUACAUAUUUUAAAUGAAUAUGGUUAUUUGCCUGGAGAUAAAAUAUCAAAAUUAAAUUUAUAUGUUUUAAGUAUGAUAAUAUAUUCAAUUUAUUUAUUUAUAUGGUCAUAUUUAUUAAUUAAGAAUAAAAAUUAUGUUAUAAAAAUACAAAUAUGGAUUUUAGUAUGUGUUUUUUUAUAUUUAAUGGAAAAUGUGUUCUUAUUUUUAUAUUUCUUAUCAUAUAAUUUAUAUGCCAAAGUUAAUAAUGAAUUAUUAUUUAUAUCAGUUUGUUCAAGUAUUUUAAAAAAUGUUUGUUCCUAUCUUCUUAUAUUAUUAGGAUCAUUAGGAUGGGGUAUUGUCAUUCCAACAUUAGAUAGAAAAACAUUUAUAAAAAUAAAAAUACUUUUUUUCUUUUUUAUUAUUUUUGAUUUUAUUAAACAAUUUGUAGAUAUGCAUUUAACAGAUACACAAAUUAAUACUGGAUAUUUCCUAUUUUGUAUAAUACCAGUUACUAUUAUUUAUUCAAUUAUAUAUUUAUGGGUUUUUACAUCAGCUAGCCAAAUUAUUAUCCAAUUAAAUGAGGAUAAACAAUAUGAAAAAUUGAAUAUGUUUAAAAAUUUUUUUAAUGUAUUAAUAUUUACAUUAUUAUUUUCAAUUAUAGCAUUCAUAAUAGAUAUAGUAGUAAUGAUAUAUGUAGAUAAUAGUAUAUGGAAUUUAAAAAAUUAUUUAAGUGAAGGAAUUAUUAGUUGUUUAUUCUUAAUUAUAUUAACAGCCAUGUUUAUUUUAUUUAAACCUUCUGAUAGGCUUAAGAGAAUAUCUCAUUUUACAGAAAUUGGAGAUAUGGAUGAAAUGGAAGAUUUUUCAAAUUUCAAAAAUUCAAUUGAAGAUAUAUCAU